GCUUUAUCUUCGGCUCUGGUCUGAUUUUCGUCUCUCCUCCUCUCUCACUACCAGCGAGAUUUUCUGGAGAGAGAAAGUGAAAGCGCUUUUAAUCAGUGUAUUUAACGGUGUCGUUUUGUUGGCUUAAGCGGACAUUAAUUGGUGAGGCCAAAGCGAAAGAGAGUGAAGUAAGGGAAGAGCUUGGAGUAGUUUGAUCGUCAUUGAAACCACCGGCUGUUAACGGGGAAUCCGAAUCCCUCGAGCCCUCAAAUUUCUCCACCUCAGAUCACGCGGAAGAACGUCUUUGCUUCCUCUGGAGGCCCAGGCCUCUCUUGGAUGACAUUUUGAGGAGUGCAUCUACAGAAACGUGUCAUUUUGGAUGAGGAUUGUGCUACUAUUGAAAUAGCAACUACUGCAUGGAAACAUAAGUAGAAUUUUAGGAAUUGGUCUAUUCGACCAAUGGUAAUCCUAUUUAUGGAAGGACCUAUAUUUCAUAUUACUGUUAGCUGAAAAAAGAUACUGGUGGGGUGGGUUUUUAAUGCCUGAUAAUCAAGUUGAAGACAGGUUACGGAAUCUCUUUGAGCUAGAAAAUAUUUCUCAGAGCCAGAUACUAUCUCAAAGUGCAGGCAGUAACUGGCCGGUCCUGAAUCACAGUCACUGGGUUGGAAGGCAGGGACAGUUUGCAGCACCUCUGGAUUUUAAUCCACAGUAUCCCAGUGAGCGACAAUUAGAUUCUGUUAAAGUGCCGUGUGAUCAAAGCUUUGUGGAGCUGACUCCAAGAGCUCAAAAUUUCAGAAGCAACUCCAGAAACCGGCUGAACACAGAUGAACGUUUACUUGAUUGCCAAAAUUUCCAGACAAAGCAGAACCAACCUGCUAUUGAAGGCGAAAUUACUGGUUAUGUUCAUCACAAUUUGAGUUCCAGAGGGUCUUCUGUCUUUCAAUCGCAACAAGCAACAGAAUGCGUGGAUAGUCCCACCUUGACAACAAAUUCUGGAAGGUCAGAGAUUACUGAAGUUUCUACAGACUUUAACUUUCUUCGAGGGCAGCAACCUGAGAGGGCGCAACAGCCAGGCUCUCCCCAAUCUCGCAUAAUGCAGCAGUCAGCGUAUAGUGACAUGCAGUUGUUGCAGCAGCAUGUGAUGUUUAAGCAGCUGCAAGAACUUCAGCAGCAGCAGCAACUUCAGCAGUUGGGUGAUAUGAGGCAGCAAAAUUCUUUAAACCAGCUUUCUGCAUUUGCUAAGCAGACUGCUGGAGGUCAAUUUCCUCCCCUGAUCAAUGGAACACCUGUUCAUGAUACAUCACAGGUUUUUAGGAACUGGGUUCAGCGAGGUGCAUCUCCUGGUGGACAAGGAAUCCCUAGUAGAGUUAUGCUUUCACAAGAGCAGGGGCAAGCUUUGCAUUCUAUGGGUGUUGUUUCUCAGCUGCAUGACAUAUCUUUAUUCGGUACCCCUAUUGCUAAUGCUAGAGGAAAUUUAAGUCAGUAUUCACAUCUCCAGGAGUUAUCUAAUGAUUCUGUUAAUUUGAUGGCUGGUGCUAGUGGUCAAAUACAGAAACCUACGAUGCAGUCAUCAAGCUUCAAUAAUCCCUUUUUAGGGGAUCAGCGUGUUGUGUCUGGAGAACAGGUUGGCAUGUUGCAAGGAGCUUUCAUACCCAAACAAGUAUCUCAGGGGAGAAAUAUUUAUGGACAAAUACCCGUUCAUGGUUUAAAUACUGGAGGUUUUUCAGGAAACCCUCAGGAGGGGAACAUGUUGCAAACAUCUGCAUCUUUGAAGGAAUUUUCUGGGAAACAAGAGCAAGUUGGUUGGCCAUCAAUGCAGCAAACAACAAAACAACUUGGCCCUUCUCAGGGUUUUGUUCCCUUAGACCCAAUGGAGGAAAAGAUAUUGUACAACAUGGAUGACAACGUAUGGGAUGCUUCUUUUGGCAGGCGUUCUCACAUGGAUACUGGAUUUUCGGGCAACUCGUUGGAACAUACAGUUCCAUCAAAUACGUUCCCUUCUAUUCAGAGUGGAAGCUGGAGCGCUCUUAUGCAGUCUGCUGUUGCAGAAUCUUCUAGCAGUGAUACUGGCCCACAAGAGGAGUGGAGUGGCUUAACUUUCCAGAAUACAGAACAAUCAAAUGAUAAUCUGCUUCCAAACUUCAUGGACAGUGAGAAGCAACAAACUGGCUGGGUUGAUAGCAACUUGCAGAAUACCUCCUUUAACUCAAAGCCAUUUCCUAUGUUUAAUGAUGGCAAUAUAAACUCAAGCUUCCCUGGCUUUCAGCAGGCAGCUGUUCAAUUUUCAGUGGAAGGGAGGGAAGGUGUCCGCCAAGAUAGCUCUCAUGAAGCUAUUGAGUACUGCAAUCCUCAACAGAAGUCACCAAUUGAGGAGAAUCAACGAGUACAAUCAUUUAUGCAUCUGGAUAAUACAUUGGCUGGUCAAAUGUACAUGCAUUCAGAAAGUAACGCACAGAACCAGAGGAUUGUGUCACAAAACAAUGUUAGCCAACCAUGUGGUAAGCUAGAAGGUAAUGGAGCCAUAAACCCGGGGAUUUUUCCUGAUGGUUUUCUGUGGAAGGGUGAUCGCAAUGGUGGGGCAAGUUCAUUUUCUAGAUCAAUUGGAGAAACUGAGCAAGUACAAUCAGGAGCAGAUCGUAGUCCACCCAACAUAGAAAACUCACAGACACCAAACUUUUCUGCUGCAACAAAUUCAAGCAUUUUUAAGGCCCAUCUGCCAACCAAUCAAUAUAUACCAGAUAGCAAUCAGACUGGUUACAAGGAACAAAUCACUGUCUCUGUAGAUAACAACGGCAAUGAGCGAGUGGGGAAAAUUCAGCAGGUGAGUAAUAGUCCUCUUGUUCCUCAUAAUUACUAUGGCGGAGCUAAUGCAACAUAUGACAAGCAGCAGAAUUGCUACCAAAAGGAGAACUCCAAUAAUUGCUAUACCUCGAAAGAAUUGAUUGGUCAUGGUCAAGGACAUUUUGGGCAGUUCAAGUCUAUAAGAGAUGUUUCCAGCAGCAGCAACUUGGAUAAGGGGUGCUUGCCUGAUUUGCAAAGAAACUCAAAAUCACAAGAGGUUGCAACUUCCAGAGGUGAUCAUAUACCUACCUUUCACAGUCAAAAUAUGCUUGAGCUUCUUCACAAGGUUGACCAAUCAAGGGAUGAAAGUUCUUUGGUAAACUUUGGUUCUAGUGACUGUACUCCAUCAUCUCAGGGGCCCAAGGCAGAAAUGCCUGAUGCCUCUUCCAGCCAAUUAUAUACUCAGUCUUCUAGUUCUCAAGGCUUUGGCUUGAGGUUGGCUUCUCCAUCCCAACAGUCACUCAAUUCAAAAAUACUUUCCCCGCAGAGUUCAUGGAAGGCAGGAGGUAAUCUAAACUCUGAGCAAGUAAGCUCUGAAUUUGGAGUGAAAAGUCCUACCUGGUCGUCUCCCCAAUCUGCGGUUCAGUCUAUGCCUACUUUACACAAACUGCGCCAAGAGGCUCAUUAUGAUAGCCAAUUCGGUGGUCCUGGACACACAGGCAACUCCUCAAUUUUGAAUAUGCAACGAGGUUCAAAUGCAUCAGCUACACCAAGUCCACCGUAUCUUAAAAAUCAACUUCAAAUGCAUUUCAUGUCCAAUAUACCCGCUGCACCUCAAUCUUUGCAGGGAAUUUUACCUAGCUCGGCCAACAGAUAUCCACAGUUCAAUCGCGUUCCUUCCCCAGAUACUUCUCAACAGAUGUUCCCCAACCCUCUCAGUCAGCAAAUUCCAGUUUUGGGGAAUGUCCCAGUAUCUCAGCCUUCCAUUGUCUCAGGCAUAUCUCAGCAGGGUGAAAUUUCAGCAGGGCCAGACAAUUUGUGGAAAAAUGUACCGCCUCAGCAACAGCCUUUGGAUGUGAAGUCUCUCGAGGUUUCAUCUAAUUUAACUUCUUCAUUGGAUCAAUCAAAUAAUGGUAUCCUGAGCACAUUGGCUCCUCAAGGUUCAACUGAUCAUAACUCUGAAAAAGGUGAGAAUUAUGAUGCAUCUUCUGUGAAGACACAGGGUUUCGCGCGUGAAGACGAACAGGCUGCAAAAGAAAGGUUCCUGCAACAGACAUCAAUUGAGAUGCCUGAUGCUUCGAAGAAAAGUGGUGGUUUAUUUCUAGGGCAAGAACCUGUGGAAAAGCUUAUGUCAGGUGCAGCUGGUCUUGCCUCAGGCUCAUUGGUGGGAUAUUCUCGCCUGCACCAGCCUGAUAGAAUCAGGAACAAUGACAAUCCUCCUGACUCAAUUCAAUCUGGUGAUUCCAAAAUGUUAAACUUCUUGAGAGGAGCUAGGGAGUCUCUGACCGUAAGGGCUUUACAACAACCUGCUGUCAGAGAUAUAUAUUGCCCACAGACAGACGUAGUUGGUCCAAAUAUUUCUCAGGAUCAAUCUGGCAGCAGCAAUGCUGUAUCUAAUAAUACAGACCGAGGCCAGAUUGAUCUGCGAAUGGCGCCCUCUUGGUUUAAGCAAUAUGGGACCUUAAGAAAUGGGCAAAUGGUGCCAAUGUAUGAGGCUAGAGUUGGAAAGACAGCGGUGGGGCAGUUAUCUCUUGGGAAAUCUUCUCAGCAUUUGCAUAGUCAUCCUUCAAUGGAACACCUGGAUGGCACUGAUGCUAGUCAUGGUGGCAGGGUUUGGCCAAGAACAGCUGCCACUUUGGUACCUGACAAACACUUAUUGGCCCCCUAUGUAUUGCCCUCAGAUGCUGCCAGUCAGAAUAUAGCUACAAUGAGACAGAAGAAGCGCAAAAUUGCACCAAUUGAGCCACUACCUUGGCACAAAGAAGUGAUAGAAGGCAACAGAGGGCUUCAAACUAUUUGCAUGGCGGAACAAGAGUGGGCAAAAGCCACAAAUCGGCUGAUUGAGAAGGUACAAUAUGAGGUUGAAAUGACUGAAGAUGUACACCAAUCGCUUCGAUCAAAAAGAAGGCUUAUAAUGACAACACAAGUCAUGCAUCAGUUGUUUCGUCCUGCACCUGUAACCCUUAUGUUGGCUGAUGUGGCCUCGCACUAUGAAAGUGCAUCAUACUUUGUUUCUAAAUUAGCUGUAGGGGAUGCUUGUAGCCUCGCCAACUGCGCAAGAAAUAGUUUGCUUGUGCCUGUAGAUGACGAUAACAUGGAGAAGGUCAAAGAUACUAAGAAAUGUAGUGACCAACAAUUUUCUGAAUUUGUGGAAGAGCUCAUAGGCAGAGCAAACAAGCUAGAAAAUGAAUUCCAAAGAUUGGACAAAUCUGCGUCAGUUGUAGACUUAAGAGUGGAAUGUCAGGACUUGGAAAGGUUUGCUGUCAUCAAUCGUUUUGCUAAGUUUCACAGCCACAGCCGGGCACAAGUGGAUACCUCUGGAGCCUCUUUUCCUUCUGGCGCACCUAGAUCAUUUCCGCAAAGAUAUGUCGCAGCGCUUCCUAUGCCUAGGAACAUUCCUGAAGGGGUACAAUGUCUUUCGUUGUGAUUAAAAUUGAUUGGUCCUGAAUCCUCUUCCCGUUGAUAUUCUACAUUUCAUGCCCUCACCCACAUGCAUAUAUCAACGGCCAAUCUUGACUAAUGUGCAUGACGGGUCCAUCCUAAAGUAAAUUAAGGCCACCGAUUCAGUUUGAAUGAAGGCAGAUUAUUGUCAUUUUUGGUGAAGUACAUAAGGGCUCUUGUAUAUCAAAAGGUUUUCAGAAUUUUAGGAGUAAUCAUACUCUAUAGAGCAAGAGGAUCAGUAUUAUGGAUGUGCCACUUAGUUUUUCUUUUGAAGAAGUUACAUGAAUUAGCUUAAUUUGGGCUACAUAUUUUAAUGCCAUAACCAUCUUGGCCAAGGCUUUCUUGGUAUUUUCUCCCCUAGUCUUUUCUCAUAUUCCCAGGUUUCUCCUGUUGUAAGCUGGAAGCAAACAGUUGGUUCAGAAUUCUGGGAUAAUCAAGAAGGUAUGGAUAUGAAUGUUAUUAUUGUCUUAGGAUACAUCUGAGUGUAAUUUCAUUAAAGAUAUCCUGCUCUUUUCUGC